AUGCCGAACACGAAUCCGAAGGGAAAGGGGAAGGGCAAAGCCAAGGCUGCUCCAAGACCCCAGAACCCCAGACCUGCUCCAAGACCUCGAAGUCCUAGGCCUACUCCUGCUCCUGAACCAAGGGCUAUGCGACUGACCCGAGCCCGCUCCAGGCUUAACAAUGCCCCCCCUCUGAUGGCGAGCCUUGAGUCUGAUAGAGAUUGCCAGGGACGUUCGCUAGUUAGGGACCCUGAGCCCUUGCCAUUCAAUGACGUUGUUCAGAGGCUCGGUGGCACUGCUAACAUGGCUAACAGAGAAAGGAGAGUCAGGAUAAAACUUAAUUAUGCUGCACGCCCUUCAGCUGCUGGCCCUUCGAACCAGGGGCAGCCCUCAGGUUCGACAUCGUCGAGUUCAUCUUCCUCCGCUGCAACUCCUGCUGCAGCAAUUGCCACUCCGUCUCCAAGCCCUAGCGCAACCUCAGGCCCGAGUUCUACUUCAAAUUCAGGGCAUUCAUCCCCCGACCAGAAUGAGCCUGCAGCUCCAAGAAGGGGAUUAAUCAAGCUUAACACCCGCAAUGGUGCAGCUUAUCGAACUGCUCAAGCUUCAGGCCAGAACCAGCCUGCAAGCUCGAGCUCCAGCUCGGAGCUUUCAUCACUACCAUCUACAUCUCCUUCCCCUCCUCCAGCCUUUCCUUCUGAUCAGGAUGAGCACUCCAGCUCAAGCUCGAGUUCAGGACCCUCAUUACCAUCUUCUUCGCCUUCAGCGGGAAAUCAAGCCCCCGAACCCCCAAUGCCUUCGGCAGCUGGGCCAUCCAAUGCCAUCCUAUCCUCGAGCACUGGCUCAGGCUCGAACUCGGACACGGAAUUCUCUUCGCCGAGUUCACCUACUCGAACGUCUCCACCCCCAGACCAUCCAAGUCCUGAUACGAUAAAGGUAGACGUACUUAUCGCUACAGGUCACGAACAGCCGAGUAGCGACGAGUAUGAAAGCAAUGGCGACGGCUGCUCUGGCGACCCCCCAAGCGAUGGAUCUAAGGAUGACUCAAGUGGAAGCGGGGGUAGCAGUGGUUAUGAACCCUAUGGGGAAACCUCUGACGACAACACGGUAUUUUCCGGCUCUGAAAGCUCAUCAGAUUCGGAGGGAGACGAUGGGAACAAUGACGAUGACGAUGCGCCAGGAGGGCCACCCUCUGGGCCUUCUGGCCCCUCUGGCUCCUCUGGCCCUCCUGGGUCUUCAGGUGUUCUGAUUGCUGCUGGUUCUUCCGCCCAUGAGUAUCCAAGCGGAUAUGAGGCGGACGAUGAGUACAACUCAGGGCCGGCCGCUGGGGAUUCUGCCAAUUCACGCGAUGAUACAGGCGCGUGGGCAAUUGUGAGUAACAUGUCUGGGGCCAGGAACCGUUCUACAUGGAUUGCUGGAUUCGACUCGCCCAGGCUCGAUGGCCGUUCCAGACGACCGAGCCGUCCUACAGGUAUCAAGGUUCCGUACAUCGACCAUAGCGGAUAUGAUGCUCAAAUUGGGGGUGGCGAGGACGGCAGCCCGGACUGCAUUGAGGGAAGCUUAUUCUCAGCCUCUGCUCGGUCUAUCGGACGACUAGACACUCCUCCCGCCCACUCGGAAGGUGUCGUGGGAAAGCGUAAGCGGUCGUGUGGCGGCGAUGAGGAUGCUUCCGCAGCAGGAAUAAAAAGAGCCCGCUCUUUGUCGCCGCGCAUAGUUGUCGAACCUUCAGCAACCACAAUCACGACCACACGCUUCGCCUCUGAGCCUUUGCAACCUAUGGCCUGGACCUCUGAUUCCCCUGUCUCCGAUGAGCUUAGUCCUUUGAGGGACGAGCCAGUCGCAUACGCGAUGAUGGCCACUCCUGUGGACGAGUCAUCCUCAGGUGAAAUCAGCCCGCUACUCUGGCCAUCUUUCGAUCCGGAAAUCCCAGGUAUGCACGGCUCCGGACCGAGAGCUCGUCGCCAUUACGACUGGUACGAGCAAUUUCACUCUGUAGGAUUCGAGUGCUACGAGGUUCAUCCCUGUUUUCACAACCCGGGGAGAGGAUGCCACGAGUGUCAUGGUGAAUGGCACAAGGAUUGGGCUCGGUUCUUCAAGGCUGAGGAACUUCUGCAAGAAGCUGCUGCUGACCCUGAGAGAUAUCUGAGAGAGACAGGACUGGAUAUGCACGAGGACUUUGCGGGAGCCUUGUUGCAGGGCGCAAGUUGGGAGGUGCUGGCACCUCAUCUUCAGCCUCCUGCUGGCGGGAGGGUUCGAAUUCAUCCUACGCGACUUGCUAAGCAUAGGUUGGCCCUUGCUCAAGCGGCAGCGCAGGCAGGUAUGAGUUGA